AGGGGGCCCCACAGGCAGCAGCAGCAGCAGCUGCUGCUGCUGCAGCUCACCGGCAGCUGCAGCAGCACUUGUACCUGCAGCAGCUGCACCAGUACCAGCAGCAGCUGCGGCUGACGGGCCAGCUGCUGAGGGCCCCGGAGGACGCAGCAGCAGCAGCAGCAGCAGCAGCAACGGGAGUUGUGGGGUUUCCCCCGCUGCUGCCGUUCUGGCUGCCGCACCCCGCCCUAGUGCAGAUGCACGGGGAGCUGCCGCUGCAGCAGCAGCAGCAGCAGCAGCAGGCGUACCUUCGGGCGCAGCCGCACGAGCACGAGCAGCAGCAGCAGCAGCAGCAGCAGCAGCAGCGCAUUGGCCGCAGGGGCACAAAUGCCUUUGGGCAGCAGCACUUGCACAGAAGGGGCCUGGGCCCCCGCAGCAGCUGCGGGGCUCCCGCGGAAGCAGCCGACGCUGCUGCUGCAGCAAGCCUUGCUGCUGCUGCUCACACGUGCGCUGCUGCUGCUGCUGCUGCUGCUGCUGCUGGAGAUGCUGCUGAGAGAGAAGCGCCCAAAACGCCAGCAGCAAAAAGUGACCUCCGCAUAGAGGCCGAAGUUUUUACACCCAGCAGCAGCAGAAUGACCGCCCUCGCAGCUAGCUGGGCCGACAGCCCGCAGCAGCAGCAGCAGCAGCAGCAGCAGCAGCAGCAGCAGCAGCAGCAGCGGCUGCGGCAGGUUCAAGGCGCUCCGGAUAUAGCAGACCCUGCAGCUGCAAGAACAAGAGCGAGGAACAGCAGCAGCAGCAGCAGCAGCAGCAGCAGCAGCAGCAGCAGCAGCAGCAGCAGCAGCAGCAGCAGCAGAGCAGCAGCAGCAGCAGCAGCAGCAGCAGCAGCAGCAGCAGCAGCAGCAGCAGCAGCAGCAGCAGCAGAGCAGCAGCAGCAGCAGCAGCAGCAGCAGCAGCAGCAGCAGCAGCAGCAGCAGCAGCAGCAGCAGCAGCAGGAAAAGCGCACCGACGAAGGUGUUGCAGUAGCAGACAGUAAAAGUACGGAGCCUCCGUGGAACCCUCAGCAGCAGCAGCAGCAGCAACAGCGGCAGGAGCAGCUGCAGCCUCAGCAACAGGAUCAGCAGCAGCAGCAGCAGCAGCAGCAGCAGCAAGAAGACACACAGCCUGCUGCUGCUGCUGCUGCGGAUGGCCUCUCUAGCGAACAAGAAAAGGACGAGCCCGCUUCACUGCUGAAGGCGCAGCGGCGCCUGGAAGUGCAGCAGGAGCACGAGCAGCAGCAGCAGCGGCAGCAAGAAGAGCAACAGCCACAGCAAGAGCAGCAGCAGCAGCAGCAGCAGCAGCAGCAGCAGCAGCAGCAGCAGCACCCGCAUCAGCAUCCCUGGUACUCGGCUUACGCGCAGCAGCAGCACAUGUCUCACCUCGCUGGGGCGCCCCACCUGUACCCGCACCUGCUGCACUCGCACUUCCUGAUGCAGCUGCAGCAGCAAGCAGCAGCAGCAGCAGCAGCAGCAGCAGCAGACCCGCAGGCCCCCGUCGCCUAUGCCUCUGGCGUGCUGCAGUCCUCGGGCGGCGGCUGGCUGCCAAUGAUGCAGCCGGGGGGCCUGAUAAUGUAUCCGCAGCACUUGCUGCAGCUGCACAAGCAAGCAGCAGCAGCAGCAGCAGCAGCAGCAGCAGCAGCAGCCGAGCAGCAGCAGGGGGCGCAGCAGCCGAGCCCCAGCGACGACCGGCGCGCCUCCUCGCAGCAGCAGCAGCAGCAGCACGAGCACCCCGGCUACAGCAGCAGCAGCAGCAGCAGCCAGCAGCAAAACAGGUGGUACCGCGGGGGGGGCCCCCGGCUGCAGCAGCAGUGGGGCCCCCAGCCCCUAAUGGUCUUUAUUCCGGGGCUGGGUUUAACUCCCCACUGGCCUGGGGCUUUUGCCCAUUCUGCGCGGGAGCAGCAGGAGCAGCUGCAGCAGCUGCAGCACUUGCAGCAGCAGCAGCAGCAGCAGCAGCAGCCAGACGCCGAGCCCUGGGGCGUGCUGCACCCUGCAGCAGCUGCUGCGCUCGGCAGGGGCCUCAGGGGCUCCACCUCCGCCGCCGCAGACUCCCCUGCAGCAGCAGCAGCAGCAGCAGCAGCAGCAGCAGCAGCAGCAGCAGCAGCAGACUACAGCAGCUUCGGCUCCUCGCGCUGGGACCGCGGCAGGAACCAGCGGCGGGGCGAAAGAGAAGCAGAGCUGCGCAGCCCCAGCGCGCUGCAGCAGCAGCAGCAGCAGCAGCAGCAGCAGCAGCAGCUGUACGAGCAGCAGCUGGCCGCUUCAGGGGCGCUCGGCGCGUGGUCCCCGCACUUCCUGUAUGCUGCGUACCCGCAGCAGCAGCAGCAGCAGCAGCAGCAGCAGCAGCAGCAGAACCGGCGUGCUGCUGGCAGCUUGGGGGCCCAUGGGGAGCCCCGGGGGCCCCUGCGGCUGCGGGGGCAGCAAGAGAGAGCGCAGAGCAGCAGCAGCGGGUUUGCUGCUGCUGCUGCUCACCUCUUCCCGCCCCACUACCACCACUACCAGCAGCUGCAGCAGCUGCAGCAGCAGCAGCAGCAGCAGCAGCAGCAGCACGCCGGCUACUCCACUGUGCCCUACCUGGACCCCGUGGGGGCCCCCCUGGACUCCUGCGGGGGCCCCCCAGACCCCUGCGAAGCUGCUUCGAAGCAGCAGCGGGGCCCUGAGUGCAGGCUAGACCAGCAGCAGCAGCAGCAGCAGCAGCAGCAGCAGCAGCAGCAGCAGUGGCUGCUGGCGCCGCCGCGUCCGCCGUCGAAGCGCAGCAGCAGGGACAGCAGCGAGGGCCCCUCUUCAGUUGAGGGGGGCCCCCAGGGGCCCCCUUCAAUAAGUCCUGCAAGUGCUGCUGCUGCUCACUGCAGCGCGGGGGGCCCCCCGGGCUCGGACGACGAGCAGCAGCAGCAGCAGCAGCAGCAGCAGCUGCUGCUGCUGCCUCCUCGGCGAGAGGCGGGGGCCUCCUCCCCCAUCCUGGGGGCGCCCCGGGCGUUCUCGGGGUCCCCCAGCUGUGCUGCAGCAGCAGCAGCAGCAGCAGCAGCAGCAGCAGCAGAUAAGGAGGGGGGCGGGGGGCUGCUGCGCAGCGCCUGCUUCGAGCAGCUAGCUAGCCAUGGGCAGUUCCCGCUGUCUCCGGAAGGUGGGGCCACCAAUGCAGCGGAGCUUUCUCCUGUUGCUGCUGCUGCUGCUGCUGCUGCUGCAGCAGAAGCAGCAGCAGACGCCGAUGCCGCCGCUGCAGCAGCAGCAGCAGCCCCCGCGCCCACGGCGCACGCACGGCACACCUUUCCUCCGGGCGGGCCAUCUCCAUUGUCCCCUACUGCUGCUGCUGCUGCUGCAGCAGCAGCAGCUGCUGCUGCUGCUGCAGAGAGCCCGCGGCUGCUGAACUGUUCCUCCGGGUGCGGAGGAGGAGCGUCCGCAGCAGCAGCAGCAGCAGCAGCAGCAGCAGCAGCAGCAGGGGACGACAGCUGCAGCCCGAGGUCGGCGCCGUCCACCCAAAGCAGCAAAUUAGGGACUGAGGAAGCAGCAGCAGCAGCAGCAGCAGCAGCAGAAGAGGGCCGCCGCUGCGGUUUAUAUCGAGGGCUUUUUAAUCUCAAGUCUUUUCUAGUGGCCACCACUCCCGCGGUGCGGGUUUCGAGGCACUCCAAGGCAGCAGCAGCAGCAGCAGCAGCCAGCAGCAGCAGCAGCAGCAGCAGCAGCAGCAGCAGCAGCGUGGGGGCCGGCGAGGGGAGCCUCGCGGCUGAGGGAAGCGCGCGCAGCGAGGCCCAGGGCGCCCCGCAGCAGCAGCAGCAGCAGCAGCAGCAGCAGCAGCAGCAGGACGCGCAGCAGCAGCGCGACGCCCCCGCCGCGCCCCCGCCGCCGCCGCCGCAGCAGCAGCAGCAGCAGCAGCAGGCAGCAGCAGCAGCAGCGGCAGCAGCAGCAGCAGCGGCAGCAGCAGCAGCAGCAGCAGCAGCAGCGGCAGCAGCAGCAGCAGCAGCAGCAGCAGCGGGUGUUUUCGGUUCAUGGAGGUGCGGCUGCCGUACCAGCGGCGGCCUUUGUCGCAGCAAGUGA